AUGCCUGACAGGAGGCCAGAGGGGCAAAGGCGAGGGGACGAGACAGCCUUUGGCGGCGUCCGUGUCUCGUUGACACUACGCGUUGUGGCCACGUUUCAGCUGCCAGACGGCCGUCUCUACGGCCAAGGGGCGAGGAGAAAGACAGUAGAGGAUGAGGCCGCCUCGCCAGCCGACUCUCCUGAGGAGGGGCGGCGAAUGGCAGAAGCAUUCCGCCGCGAGAAUGUGGAUCCAAACUUUGAUUGGGCAACUUACUACGGCCAAGGAUUUGAUCUCCUCGCGCCGAGCUACGCCCAACCUGCGCGGAAAGUUGUCACUGCAGAAGACCUCUCUCGCACUCCGGCCAGCGCUGAAGUUUCCGUGUCCUAG